CAGGCGGCCGGGGCCGGAGGUUUGGGCACAGUCUCUCGGUGGCUCCUCGCGAAGCAGCCGCAGCGCCGGAUCCCGCUCGGGGCACGCCAGGCCUCGGCAGCCGCCAGGUUGGGGGGUCCCCGGCCCGGGCAGGCAGCUGCCCCCUCCCCGCUCCCAGCGAUGAGCGGCUCUUUCGAUAAGAAGCUCUCCAGCAUCCUGACGGACCUCUCGGGCUCGCUGAGCUGCCAUGCAGCCUCCAAGGACUCGCCCACCCUGCCGGAGUCCUCGGUCACCGACCUGGGCUACUACACGGGCCAGCACGACUACUACCCGGGCCAGUCCUACGGGCAGCCCGUGGGCCACUACCCCUACCCCCAGUUCAACCUCAACGGCAUCGGCGCCGCCGGCACCUACUCGCCCAAAUCCGAGUAUUCCUACAGCCCUUCCUACCGCCAGUACGGCCACUUCAGGGAGCAGCAGCUCCCGGCGCAGGAAGCAGUGUCCGUGAAGGAAGAGCCGGAGCCGGAGGUGCGGAUGGUCAAUGGGAAGCCCAAGAAGAUCCGCAAGCCCCGGACCAUCUACUCCAGUUACCAGCUGGCCGCCCUGCAGCGCCGCUUCCAGAAGGCGCAGUACCUGGCGCUGCCCGAGCGCGCCGAGCUGGCGGCACAGCUGGGGCUCACCCAGACCCAGGUGAAGAUCUGGUUCCAGAACCGGCGCUCCAAGUUCAAGAAGCUCUACAAGAACGGCGAGGUGCCCCUGGAGCACAGCCCCAACAACAGCGACUCCAUGGCCUGCAACUCGCCCCCGUCGCCGGUCUGGGACAGUCCCGGCGGCAGUGCCCGGACCCCGCUGCCGCAGCCGCUGCCCUACAGCUCCUCGCCGGGCUUCCUGGAGGAGCACAACCCCUGGUACCACCCCCAGAGCCUCAGCGGCCCCCACGGACCCCACCAGGCGCAGGCGGCCCCCCCGAUGCACCACCCGUCCCCCGGGCCCCCCAGCACGGGCGCCGUGUACUGACGGGCACGGCGGGCUCAGAGACGCUGCACAGCUCCUUGGCCUCCUUUUUUCCCCCCUAUUUUGGUUUUGUCUCCUCAUUUUUUUCCUAAAAAAAAAAAAAGAACCAAAGGAAAGGACACCCCCGCGCACCCCUAGAACCCUCUCUCCUCGCCCCGCUCAUCUCAGGAACCAGAGGACUGAAAAGGCUCCAACACCUCCGCUCCCAGCGCAGGAAAAGGUGGAAAAUCCUUCAGCUACUCUUUAAUUUUCGAAGUUUUUCGGUCAACUCCCCCCCAGAUAAAUUCAGCCCCCGAAGAGCCUCAUCCCAAUCCCUCGCUGGAGCUUUGCCUGUUGGGGUGACCCCGCUGGGUGACCCCGAGCGCGGGGCGCAGCCGGAGCGCCCGGAUCCCGUCGGGAUGGAGGAUCUGUGUCACCGCUGCCGCGACACGGGGGUGCCUGGCGCCACAGGAGCGGGAUGUGCUCGGCCCUGGCUCCGAAAUCCACAGAGUGGGAGCGAUUUUGGGAGUCAUGGACACCCCACGGUAGCAAAGCGGGACCCUCAUCCCAGUGGGAACCACCCGGGAUGAUGCCCAGACCAGAAGGUGGUGAUUUAAAAUUGAAUAAAAACUAUGGGGGGGGGGGGGUGGGGGAGGUGUGGGGAGGGAAAUAUUUUAAUAUUUAAGCAGUUUGGGAAUGGUUUUAAGUUAUUUUUUAGAGAGAAAAACUCGUGUUCACCUCCAUCUUCUGGCAGUGCCUCCAGCUGUGGGGAAAGGAACGGCGAAAAUGCCUCUUUUUUAAGGAAAUCGACGACUUAUUUUAAAGGAAAAAAAAAAUAACCGAGCUCUUUCCUAUUUUUUAAGAGAAUAAUGCUAUUUUUUUAAGCAGAAAGUGCCGUUUUAAGGAGUGUUCAUAGUGUUGUACAGUCCCGGGGAAUUAUUUAUGUUGCCUUCUAUAAAUAGGGGUGUUUUGGGGGGGAAAAAAGGGAGUGUACAUAAGGUUCGUUUGUAUAAAGUUGUUCCAAACCAAA